AUGGAGAAUCACCGUCGCGAUGAUUCGCCUUCCGGUCUGUCCGAUUACGCUGAGGGUGAUGGCUUGUUAGGCACAGGCAUCACGACCCGCCAUCUAGAGGCAUUCGGUCGAACAGUUACAUCAACGGCUGGACACUUAAUGGGACCGCCCGACCAGAACCAGCCGGCCCAUUAUCAGAAUGCCAUGACCGACAUCCACCGCGAACUGCGCCGGCCGAAGGCGCAGCGCAAUGUGUUCUCCAUUACCCAGACGACCCCGACCGAUCUGAUGCGAUCCAAAUUGUCGACCACUGAGAUCAGGUCUCGUGCCAUUUCCUCUCUCCCCGACGACCUCCUCGCCGACCUUCCCGAAGACAACAGCUCCUACUCCCUAUUCCAAGGCUUCCAGGCCUCCAUACCCGAAGAAGAACGUGGCCAUAAAAAGCACCGGAGGCGGUCAUCCAAGGGCGGAAAACAUCUCAAGGAUAGUGAGAAAGCCGGACUUUUGACAGUUGGACCGGCUGGGCUCAAGGAGGAGCGAAAAACGCUCAGUAAGAAGCUGGAUCUGAUGGGCGUUCGCAAGAACAUGUGCAGCGCCGAGAUCCACGAGAUCGAUAACAAGAUCGCAAACUUGCACAAAAUGCGCCAAAUCGUCCUUGAUCGACUAGCGGGCUUGGAGAUGGACGAAGCUGCAUUAGAGCAUGAUCUGACGGAACUUGACAACAAGCUUGAAGACCUACAGCCAGAAGAGACACCCGACACAUCUGCCACCAUCGAAACACCAAAGUCUUCUGAAGCCCCGGAGGAUACAAUCGAUUCUUCCGGUGAUCCUGCUAUGGAUGCAUCGUUUAUGUCGGAGUCGAUAUACGAGAAGUUACCAAACCCGUCACCAAAGAGCUUAAGACAUAGAUCUAUACGGAAACGUUCGAUGCCAAUUCUACACGAGCAUUUCGCUCCAGGGUCGUUGAUUAAGGAAAUCGAAGCGCAUACCGAUAUGAUCACUGCGAUUGACUUCGACUUCCCCUUCGGCACUAUGAUCAGUGCUGCGCUGGACGACACAGUGCGAGUAUGGGACAUGAACGUUGGCCGAUGCUCGGGAUUGCUCGAGGGACACCAUGCCUCAGUCCGGUGCUUGCAGGUGGAAGAUAACAUCGUGGCGUCAGGCUCUAUGGAUGCUUCUGUAAGACUGUGGGAUUUGAGUCGCGCUCGGCCCACGACUCGCGAUGGCCGCUUGAACAAGCACGAGCGUCAUGAACAGGAGGAUACAUUGGAGCAUGCUUCACCUGUGCCUCCCUCGUCUAACCUGGAAGACUGCCAUGUGUUCACCCUGGAUGCACACGUUGACGAAGUCACUGCCCUCCACUUCAAGGGCAACACACUCAUCUCAGGCUCCGCAGACAAGACACUGCGACAAUGGGAUUUGGUCAAGGGACGAUGCGUUCAGACACUCGAUAUUUUAUGGGCCGCUACCCAAGCCUCGUCUACAACCACCACCGAUGGGACCUGGCGCCCGUCGGGCCGUCUCCCCGACGCGUCCGCCGACUUCGUUGGAGCAGUUCAAUGCUUCGACGCUGCCCUGGCCUGUGGAACAGCUGACGGUAUGGUCCGCCUAUGGGAUCUUCGCAGUGGCCAGGUUCACCGCAGUCUCGUGGGCCACACUGGCCCUGUCACUUGCCUGCAGUUCGACGAUAUGCACCUCGUAACCGGCAGUCUCGACCGCAGUAUUCGGAUUUGGGACUUGCGUAUGGGCUCCAUCUAUGAUGCCUACGCCUACGACAAGCCUAUUACCAGUAUGAUGUUCGAUUCCAAGCGCAUCGUAGCUGCUGCAGGCGAGAACGUGGUUAAGGUCUACGACAAGGCCGAUGCCCACCACUGGGACUGCGGUCCCGGCGUUGGAAUCGAUGACAACGAGGGUCCAGCCCCUGCAAUUGUGGAACGCGUUCGCCUCAAGGACGGAUAUCUGGUGGAAGGCCGCAAGGACGGCACGCUGGCCGCCUGGACGUGUUAA